AUGUCCUCUCAGAAUGGGUUCUUCCUCAACAACUGCUGGGGACGAUUACCGGGAGAUAUUGCAGACUUUUUUGUAAAGAGGCACAAAUCAGGCCCAGAUCAGGCCCAGGCAGACCCCACCCCUAAAACCAGCAGCCCUGGCAGCUCUCAACCGGGAGCUAGCCAGGCAAGUCAGUGUGAGCAUAGAGAAGGAUCCAGUCUACCACCACCAGACAUCAAUAAUGACUGGCCAGACCUGUGGAGUGCUAAACAAACAGAAGACUUCAAAUCCAAGAACCCCUGGUUGGGAUCCAAAAACAAAAAAUUGGGAUGUCUGGUCUGUAGCAGUGUGAACUCCAUUGGGAUCGACAAGGAGCAAGGACAAGGUGUAUCGCUCUCAAGAGAAUGGAUGAACUUUGAAAUUCAAGUGUCUGGCCAGGGAAGUAGAACAACAAGUUUGUCAAUCUUGAGAAAUAAGGUGAGGAAACAUGCGUUGUCCAAGGCCCACACUCAGGCUGUGAAGGUGGCAGAGCAACAGAAAGAAGCUGCCAUUGAGAAUGCAGUGGAGACUAUGACUGAGUCCUACAUGAAGGAAACUGAAGCUGUGUUUCGAACAGCCUACCAUCUGGCCAAAAGAACCGACCCUUUUCUGACCAUGAGAGCCUCAUUGAGCUGCAGGAACUGAAUGGUGUAAAAAUGGGCUCAAUACUUCAUUCACGUUACAGUGCAACACAAAUAAUACAACAUGUUGCUAGUGAGAUGCAGAGCAAAAUCAUCAGUAGCAUUAUAGCAUCAUCCAGUAAGUUAGCUGUCCUAAUUGACGAGGCAUCUUCUUUAAGUCACAAAGCUGUCAUGACAGUUUCUAUUAAAGCAUCAAUUCAA